UCACGCCUUGAAAAACUGCACAACACAUAACUUUUUGCAAAUACACGGAAGUCGGGUUUCUCUCAAACACCACAAAAAACUUACAACAAAAUGGGACGUGUUAUUAGAGCACAAAGAAAGAGCGGAGGAAUUUUCCAAGCUCACACUCGUCUUCGUAAGGGAGCCGCUCAGCUCCGUACUUUGGACUUUGCUGAGCGUCACGGAUACAUUCGUGGUGUUGUCCAAAAGAUCAUCCAUGACCCUGGUCGUGGUGCUCCUUUGGCUAGAGUUGCUUUCCGUAACCCUUACCACUACCGUACUGAUGUUGAGACCUUUGUUGCUACCGAAGGUAUGUACACUGGUCAAUUCAUCUACUGUGGUAAGAACGCUGCUUUGACUGUCGGCAACGUUUUGCCUGUUGGUGAGAUGCCCGAAGGUACCAUUGCUUCCAACGUCGAAGAAAAGUCUGGUGACCGUGGUGCCUUGGGUCGUUCCUCUGGUAACUAUGUCAUUAUUGUCGGCCACGACGUUGACACUGGCAAGACCCGUGUGAAGUUACCCUCUGGUUCCAAGAAGGUUGUCCCUUCCGCCGCUCGUGGUGUCGUCGGUAUCAUUGCCGGUGGUGGUCGUGUUGACAAGCCCUUGCUUAAGGCUGGCCGUGCUUACCACAAGUACAAGGUCAAGCGCAACUGCUGGCCCAAGACUCGUGGUGUUGCUAUGAACCCCGUCGAUCACCCUCAUGGUGGUGGUAACCAUCAACACGUUGGUCACUCUACUACUGUUCCCCGUGGUUCCGUUCCUGGUCAAAAGGCUGGUCUUAUUGCUGCCCGCAGAACUGGUCUCUUGCGUGGUGCUGCCGCUGUUGAGAACUAAGUUAUUUACCUCUUUGUACUUUAUUUUAUUCCUAGGGUCUUUUCUAGUUCUAUAGUCUUUCUCCAAGUCAAGCCCCGUACCAAUAUCUAUCACUUUUCACAAAUGUUGUUGUGAGUUGAAAUUCUACCUCAGUUGUAUUUGCUUAUUGUAGAACUUGUACAUUGAACGUACUUACAUAGCUCCACUAGUUAGAAAAUGAUACCUGUGAUGUAUUUGGAAGUAUGUA